AUGUCAGUGACCAAUUAUGCCUUGAAUUUUGACAGAUUGGCAAAGUUUGUCGGGGAUCUGGUGCCCACUGGUGGGACUAUAAGAGAGAGGUUUCUCCAGGGGGUACAACCUAUGAUGGCCCAGGAUGUUCGUAUUAUUACUGUGCCGGGACUGACUACCUAUGCACAAGUUGUGGAGAAGGCGCUUACAGUUGAGAGUGCAAAGAACAAGAUCUCGGGUGAGAAUGUGGCCAGAAGGGAUUCUAGGAGCUUGGGGCCUCCAUUUGCAGGCUUUGGUAGGGGCGGAGGCCCUAGUGACCAAAAGAGAAAGACACCAGAUACAGUUUCAGCUCUAGGGCCACAUAGUAGGCCAUGUGGCAUACAGAUAGGUUUCCAUGGUGGCGCUCGGACCGAACCAUCUCUUUCUAGCUCGGAUCGAACCAGUCUUCAUCUCUUUCUCUCAUCGUUCUUGGAGAUCGCCAUUGGACAAACUGCCGAGACUGCCAGGCAGUUCUUGCAGGCCACAAGUUGGAAGCUUAAGGAGGCUAUUCAGCUUUUUUAUAUAGGCAGUGAAGGCGGCACUGUAGUGGGAGGAUCGUCUUCUCAAUUUCCACCUACAGAAAAUAUUGAAGCUUUGGCCGAACAGGCAGUGAAGGCGGCAUUGUAUGAAGCCGAAAGGAAUUUGGCACCGAUUGUUGGAGAUGAAGUACGCCCUCCUUUACCUGUUAUCAGGGAAGCCCUUUAUGAUGAUGCCUUAAUGUACGGGGCAUCAAGAAUGAGAAAUCCAUCCUUUGAAUCAAACUCAUUAAUUGCUUUCCGUUAUUUUGAUGAAAAAAUGAAACGCCCUGGGGUUUGGGAAUCAGAGCAAGGUGUUGCAUCAACAGCAGAUAAUGCUCGGGAUAAUCUGUCGAAUUUGGGUUGCUACAAUCUGGCCUCCUUAUAUCGACCUCCCUUUCAUAUAAUGUUUCAGGGAUCAUUUGAAAAGGCAAAGGGAACUGCCUCUUCUCUGGAGAAAUGGCUCUUGGUAAACUUGCAGUCUACUAAGGAGUUCAGCUCACAUAUGCUUAAUCGCGAUACAUGGGCUAAUGAAGCUGUCUCUCAAACGAUCAGUACAAACUUUGUCUUUUGGCAGGUUUAUGAUGAUACAACUGAAGAUAUAGUUUUGGAGAGGGGCAGUGGUUGUUUCUGUCAAGAAUCUUGUUGGAUUUGUGCUAAUCAAUGCGGAUGUUGGGUAAGUGGGGUCUUGGAUCCAGAAGGCAGUGCAUCUGGAGAUGUUGUUACAUCAGUUAAAAGGGGCAUAUGGGCAAUGAUAGCAGUUUUUCUCGCUUAUUGCUUGCUGCAAGCCUCAUCAUCGUAA